AUGAGCUCCGCUAGCACGGAUCAACGUCUGGAACAUCUGUUGACUGCCGUUGAGAACGAAUUUCAGAAGGGCAGUGAGAAAGGAGAUGUUACGGAAAGGGAUAUCAAACUCAGUUUGGAUGAUUGCGAACUCUGGACAAAGUUUAAAGAGCUCACCAAUGAGAUGAUCGUCACAAAAACGGGGAGACGGAUGUUCCCUGUGCUACGGGCGAACAUUGCUGGACUGGACCCAAAUGCCAUGUACUCCGUUCUUUUGGACUUCGUGGCCGCAGACAACAAUCGUUGGAAAUACGUGAAUGGGGAAUGGGUUGCAGGGGGUAAACCUGAACCACAGAGUCCCAGUUGCGUCUACAUUCACCCGGACUCACCCAAUUUUGGAGCGCACUGGAUGAAGGCCCCGGUCUCUUUCAGUAAAGUGAAACUCUCCAAUAAACUUAAUGGUGGAGGACAGAUAAUGCUAAACUCCCUGCACAAGUAUGAGCCCCGUAUCCACAUCGUUAAAGUCGGCGGUGUUCAAAAAAUGAUAAGCAGUCAGUCGUUCCCGGAGACGCAAUUUAUUGCUGUCACUGCAUACCAAAAUGAAGAGAUCACAGCACUGAAAAUAAAACACAAUCCAUUUGCAAAAGCAUUCCUUGACGCUAAAGAGAGGAGCGACCAUAAAGACAUAGUGGAUCACCCUACAGGAAAUCAGCAAUCUGGUUAUGCUCAGAUUGGCGGCUGGUUUCUGCCUAACAGCAACCCCAUGUGCCCUAGCACUAGCCCAUCUCAGUUCAGUGGGGGACACGGCCUGUCGUCAGGCUCCUACUGUGAGAGAUACUCUUCUCUGAGGGGCCACAGGACCUCUCCAUACCCCACACACUACCCUCACCGCAGCCCCAACGCCAACGGCUACAUGGACAACUCCUCAGCUGGACUGGCAGCCUCUGAAAGCUGGUCUUCCUUACAGAUCCCCAGUCCAAGUAGCAUGGGGUCUCUGCCACACACCUCCAAUGGCACCACCAGUCCCAGUCAGUACCCGGGUCUGUGGUCGGUGACGGGGACUCCUCUAACCUCGGCCAGCCCUCCAUCGGGAUCCUUGACUGGGGGCCUGACGUCCCAGUUCCUGCGUAGCUCCCCUGUCUCAUACACCAGCCUGAGCUCUUCCUCUCUGACCCCUUCCUCUUCCUCGCCCAUGUAUGACACGGGGCUGGCUGAGGUCGGCGGAGGUGGCGGUAGCAGCGGCGAUGCCCAGUUUGAGAGCUCCAUCGCCCGUCUCACGGCCUCAUGGACAACGCCAGUAGCCCAGAGUUACUGA